AUGGAGGAAAGAAAUGUACUUCCCUCACUCAAUGAAAGCUUUCCAAAAGAAGAGGCCAUGACUGCACCUUCUAGUGACUAUGACAUUGUCAACCAAGGUAAUAAGGCUAUGACUCACUACCUAAACUCAUCGAACUUGAAUGGAUCUGAUCAAUCGCAUUCAGCUGUGAAUCUCAAUCAGCAUGGAAUUUCUCAAGGUGUAAAUUUCAAUCACCAAGGAUCAACUCCUGAUCCAGGAAGUGCAGGACUGAUGGAGCUAAUACAAAAUCCUCAAGCCUUAACAAGCUUGAUUCAACUUCUCCAACGUCUCGUGCCAAAUGAUAACAGAAGCACAAGCUUUGUUACUGCUCAAUCACCACAACCUCAACCACACGCUUACAAAGCCUUCUCAGGAACUGAGCAGAGUGAUAGAAAUUGCAUACAUUUAUCCGAGGAAAAGAAACUUGAAACCCUUAUUAUGCUACUAGAUGGUAAACCACUGGAUGAUCUGGAACUAUACCCAGAACUCCUAGAAAAUUAUGAAGAUCUGGUAGAACAUCUUCAACUCAACUACAACCAAAAAGAAACCAGAGAAUCUGCAGCAAGAGAAUUACAACUACACCUCAGUGUAAAACCAAAGAGAAUAAACGACCUAGAUGAUUAUGCUGCGAAACUGGAAAAGCUUGUAGACACAAUUGAAAGAGGAGCAUCCAAAGAAUCCAUCAUGAGAAGGAAACUGGACUUUCUUGUAGACAGUAUACCAAAUGAAUGUAAAUCCAAAUGUGUAGGAAUAAAACACUCAAAUUUCCGUGAAGCUAUCACCUACAUGAAAACAAUCUGGAGCUAUGAUCUAACAGCUGUCUUAUCGGCGAAAGGCCACAAUAGUAUCCUAAAUAGAAAUCCAAAUAAUGCUUCAAAAAGCAAUGACAAACAAAAAAGACCUGAUAACCCAAAUGGGAAAGAUACCUCUAACAUAAAAUGUCAUGGUUGUGGGAAAACGGGACACAUAAGACCUAGAUGUCCUGAAAACACAACAAACAAUAAAACUGGUAACAACAUAAUCAAUACAGGGAAAUAUCAGGUAGAAAAGGUGCAAAAAAAAAUUGAACAAUUAAAGAAACAAGAACUCAUAGCAAUUGAAAUACUGGUAAAUGAGGUAAAGGUUGUUGCAUUGUGCGACACCGGCACCAAUGUUGUAACAAUACAUCCAGACUUGGCUAAAUAUCUUGGACUGAAAAAUAACAGAACAGCUCACAUAAGCACUAUAGCUGGAAAGAAAUGUGAGAAAAUGUCUAAUCACUCUCUGAUAGUGAAAUACAAAGACAGAAGUACAACUAUUUCAGAAACCAUGAUUGCAAUGCAACCAUGUUCGUUCUCACUAUACCAAUUGAUUAUAGGUAAUCAAGUCAUGAAAAAUUUAGGACUUGAGAUAGACAUCAUAAAUCUAUCGGUAACAACUAAAAAGAAAGCAAUACAUACAUCCAUGAUGAUCCAAGAAAAGGAAGAAACCUUUGAUAAAACUGAAUUUAUCAACUCCAUAAAACAGCGUUUCCCAAACUCCUAUGCCAAAUUCAAAGGAGAUGCUGGGCCCAGGAAAGUAUACGUUGAAAAGAUGAAAUUUGAGAAAAAAUCACCUGCACCUAUGAAAAUGUACUCUAUACCAAAAAAUCUAAAAGAAGAACACACCAAGUUAGUGAAAGAAAUGUUAAAUCAAGGUAUCAUUGAACACUCAAGUUCAACAAAAAUACAUCCUACAUUGUUACUGAAAAAGCCAAACUCAGAAGAAUAUAGAUUUUUAUUUGAUGGCAGAUUGUACAAUCAACUCAUGAUAAAAAUAAAUAGUUAUCCUAAUGAUGCCAAUAAAAUCUUUUUAGAAAUAAAAGACUUUACUCAUAUUUCAAAAAUUGAUUUAUCAAAUGCUUUUCAUCAGUUCUCCAUACAUAAAGAGAAUAGGGAAUACUUUGCCUUCAACAGUCAAUUAGGUACCAUGCAAUAUAAACGCCUAAUCAUGAGAGGUAAGAAUUCCACCAUUCUUUUUCAGUUAGCAAUGGAGCGCACAUUUAAAGAGAUAAAAAAAUACAUAAAGAUCUUCGUUGAUGAUGUAAUCAUUUUAACUUCAGGUUCUUUUGACUUUCAUCGUAGCAUCUUAUUUAAAUUCUUUAACAUAUGCAAUAAUCUUGAAAUGAAAGUAUCUUUAGCGAAAUGCCAAUUUAAUGCAAAAUAUAUCAAAUUUCUUUCAUAUAAAGUAGGACCCAGAGGCAUCACUCCAUGUGAUGAAUCUGUAGACAAAUUAAUAAGAAGAUAUGUACCUACCAGUAAAAAGGAACUCUACAACUUCCUACAAUCAGCCAGCUAUUUCAGAAGAUGUCUACCAAAUUUUGCCUCCAAAACAGCUGACCUAUUCACUCUAGCAGCUGGGAAAAACAGUAAAAUUGAAUUUUCUAAAGAAAAUAUGGAAGCCUUCGAAAGCAUAAAGGAAGACUUGAUUAAAGCUUCCAAACUUGCCUUUUAUAAUCCAUCUUUUAAGACCUUUCUAACAACUGAUGCAAGUAACAAUGCGGUAGAAGCAUACCUCAGUCAAGUUGAUCCUAGCACCAAUGAAGAACGGCCAAUAGCAUUUUGGUCUGCAAAACUUCCAACCACCAUCAAAGAUCGUUGUCCCACAUACACGGAAUUGUAUGCCAUAGAACAUGCACUAAGAUACUUUGGAUACUUGGUUGCAAACAUUUCACUUACCAUUAGAAGUGAUCACAAAAGUUUAGGUAAAAUCAUGACCACAAGUAAUAAAAAAUACAUUGAGUUGCUACACGGCAUUGACAGUCACUUUUGCCACAUCACAUACAUACCAGGUUGCAAUAACCAAGUGGCUGACCUAUUGUCACGCCUAAAUGAUCCCAAGGAAUGUAACAAUAUUAAUACAUCCAUCACUUCUUCUCCCCAAGCAAUCAAACCGUCUCAGUUGACAGAAAGUAUAGCGCAAUUAUGCAACCGCAUGAAUAUCGCUGAAGAACAGCAACGUGACGUCAACAUCCAGCACGCUCUGAACGAUGGACACAUAAAUAAUUUCAAAAUAGCUACACAUGAUCAAGAAAUCGUAAAGAUUAAUUUUGGUGGGUGUGAGAAAAUAUACUUACCUUUAAAAUUAAUUCAUCCAAUUCUUGAACUUGCUCAUGACUUCAAUAACCACCAAGGUUUCAAAAAAAUGACAAAGAUGUUAAACUCUUUCUAUUCUCCCUUUUUCAAAAAGAUGAUUAAAGACAAGGUCAAUUCAUGUGACACAUGCCUAAAACACAAUGUCAUACCAACAAAACAUCCGAUUCCUAAAGUUAUUCCAUCCUAUGAAGUUAUGGAAAACCUAGUCAUGGACUUCUCAGGACCCCACUCAGAAGAAGGAAAAUACAAAGAAAAAUACCUACUAGUCAUAGUAGAUACUUCAAGUAAAUAUCUAUGA